CUUUGUAGCUGCUAGCCAGGAUCUUUUGCCCCUCAUCUCUGCUGAUCAGCUCUGCACCUCCUCCACCUGCUCCUAGCUAUAUAAAGAGAGAGAGAGCCUUGGGCGCUUGCAUAAGCAAUUGGAAGGCUCAAGCUGAAGAAAUGCGAGCAUCCGGCGGCAUGUCAAGCUCAAGUAGCAUGCCGUUCUGCUCCUCCUCGCUGCUCUUGAUCACCCUCCCUCUCCUCCUCUGGUCCUCCCUGACGAUACAGCCGGCCAUCGCCAAGGAGCAGUACCAUGAGUUUGUGAUCCAGGAGGCGUCGGUGACGCGGCUGUGCCGGGAGCACAGCAUCAUGACGGUGAACGGGCAGUUCCCGGGGCCGGCGUUGGAGAUCGACGAGGGAGACUCCCUCAUCGUCCGGGUCAUCAACCGUGGGAGGUACAACAUGACGGUGCACUGGCACGGCGUGCGGCAGAUGCGGACGGGAUGGUCCGACGGCCCCGAGUACGUGACGCAGUGCCCCAUCCGGCCGGGGCAGAGCUACACCUACCGCUUCACCGUCGCCGGGCAGGAAGGCACGCUGUGGUGGCACGCCCACAGCUCGUGGCUCCGCGCCACCGUCCACGGCGCCCUCAUCAUCCGCCCCCGCGCCGGCGUCACCGCAUACCCCUUCGACGCCGCCGGCAAGCCCCCAGCGAGGGAGAUCCCCAUCCUGCUAGGGGAAUGGUGGGACAUGAACCCCAUCGACGUGGUCCGCACGGCCACCCGCACCGGCGCGGCGCCCAACAUCUCCGACGCCCUCACCGUCAACGGCCAGCCCGGCGACCUCUACAGGUGCUCGUCCAAGGACACGACCACGUUCCCGGUGAAGUCCGGCGAGACGAACCUGCUGCGCUUCAUCAACGCCGCACUCAACACGGAGCUCUUCGUCUCCCUCGCCGGCCACACCAUGACCGUCGUGGGCACCGACGCCUCCUACACCAAGCCCUACUCCACGUCGGUGCUCAUGAUCGCCCCCGGCCAGACCACAGACGUCCUCGUCACCUUCGACCAGCCGCCCGGCCGGUACUACCUCGCCGCCCGCGCCUACGCCAGCGCCCAGGGUGUCCCCUUCGACAACACCACCACCACCGCCAUCUUCGAUUACUCCUCCUCCUCCUCCAGCGGCAGCAGCAGCCCCGCCAUGCCGACGCUCCCGGCGUACAACGACACGGCGACGGCGACGACGUUCACGACGAACCUGCGCGGCCUGCGCAAGGCGGAGCUCCCGUCGCGCGUGGACGAGAACCUCUUCUUCACUGUGGGCGUCGGGCUGUUCAACUGCUCCAGGGGGCAGACCUGCGGCGGGCCCAACAACACGCGGUUCGCGGCGAGCAUGAACAACGUCUCCUUCGUGCUGCCGUCCACCGUGUCCAUCCUGCAGGCGCACUACGGCGGAGCGCAGCAGGGCGUGUUCACCGCCGACUUCCCGGCGAACCCGCCGGUGCAGUUCGACUACACGGCGCAGAACGUGAGCCGCGCGCUGUGGCAGCCGGCGCCCGGCACCAAGGUGUACAGGCUCAAGUACGGCGCCGCCGUGCAGCUGGUGCUCCAGGGCACCAACAUCUUCGCCGGCGAGAACCACCCCAUCCACAUCCACGGCUACGACUUCUACAUCCUGGCCGAGGGAUUCGGCAACUUUGACGCCGCCACCGACACCGCCAAGUUCAACCUGGACGACCCGCCGAUGAGGAACACGGUGGGCGUGCCGGUGAACGGGUGGGCCGUGAUCCGGUUCGUGGCGGACAACCCGGGGGUGUGGCUGAUGCACUGCCAUCUGGACGUGCACAUCACCUGGGGACUCGCCAUGGCGUUCCUCGUGGAGGACGGCGUUGGGGAGCUGCAGUCUCUCGAGGCACCUCCACCGGACCUCCCACUCUGCUGAAGGGGAGGGGGAGGGCACUCAGAGCAUUAUUAACACUUGCAGAUUCAAGUUUUGGUCAUCCAUCAUCUGCUUACCUGGUGCUGAUUAACUAUUUUGGAAUAUUCAUGUACCAAUCCAUAUCAUUUGUUAUCACCACAGCCUAGCUGUGUACCUCUACGGGCAUUAAAUUCAUCAAGAAGUUUAAUUCAUAUAUAUUGGAAGAAAUCAUUUCAAAUUGGAAGUCAUUCUAAUUUCCUUGGAAGGAAAAAGCCUCCUCGUGUGGGGUCACGCUCACGUCGUAGGGCGCGACCCUCACG